AUGAUGGCUGCUGAGGUAGCAAAGGAUCGAUCUGAUGAUGCAACACACGUACCUUUCGAGGCCGAGCCUGCUAUCAAGAUCGAUGCUCCGGACGCGCAAAAUGCUCCCCUCGACCAGUCGCAAGUAAAAGGCGAAACUGCCAGCCCUCCUACGGAAGAGAUUGAGAACAAGCACAUAUCCGACAUCGCGAAUGAAGCGGUAACCUCGGCCGAAGUUAGUGUUAGCGGAGGAUCCGACAAUGAAGCCGCGAAAAGCAAGGACGACAAGCCCCGCAGCAGUUCAUCGACUGUCAAGAAGCCCAUUGCCUUCAAGGCCAUCAAUGUCAACCAAAAAUUUCUCACCACAAAGGCCACUGCGCCGGCCGCCCCUGCCAAGGUCGCCGAGAAGCCUGCGGCGACAGCGACCCUCAGCUCUGCCCAUGGAAGUUUGACGGCUCGGCCCAGGCUCAUCGCAAAAACGGGAAGCGGGUCGGUCAAAUCUGCCAUCGGCGCUAAUGGCAAAACGGGUAGUGCGCCAGAUCCAAACGCCGUAUGGAACAAGAAUAGACCUGUCCCACCCCCUGAGCCGAAAAAGUAUACCGACGAGGAACUAAAGAAAUACGGAAUUCACAUGGCGAGCCGUCUCCAACCAGAAGAUACCAAGGGUCAGGCGAAUUGGGCCGACAUUGAUGAUGACGACGAAGACUGGGCGCCAGAAACGAUCACAUGGAAGGAUGGUACUAAGAUUGCUAUUCCCCAUGCCGAAGAGCAUCCUCCGGCACCCCCCGCGCCAGCACCCGAACCGGAACCCGUUCCAAAACCUGUCGAAAUUGUCAAGGAAGCUGUGACUGCAGAGAACCCGAAAUCGCCUGCCCCAGGCCACGCGUCUGUCAUUAAGCCUGGAGUUCUGGGGUCUGGAAAGGGUCUUAUUCUCAAGGGCGCCGCCGAGAAGCCUACCCUGGUAGCAAAGCCUCCCGCGCCGCCAGCGCCUGUCAAGUCACCCUGGGCACCGAUACCAAAGGUCGAAAAAGUGUCCCCCAUGGUCGCUGAACCGCUGCCACCGAGUCACCAUGCACCGAGAUAUCCCCCGAGAGAUGGGCCGACUCAUUAUUCCGGCUUUCCUCCUCCAGGACCUCCGGGGCCGAAGGAAAUCGCCGCGGAUGAUUUUAGCAGAGGACCAUGGAGAGACGGGUCUGGUGGUGGUGGAAACAGAGAGCUAUAUAAUUCACAUUCCGGACGCUACGAACCCGUGCAGGAGCGUCGUGGAUCGAUGCGCCCAGAGCAGCAGCAGUACGGCAGACAGCCUGCUGUCUUGCAACGCCCUGCCCACAACGACCACCACGGCCCGGCCGAACCCUCUGCCGCAUUCCAAACACACAGGACUAGCGAUCAGCAUGUCCCUUACGGCCGUAGGCGCGGCUCAUCCAACGUCAGUGGUGUUAGCAGCGGCUUCUUGAACCGUGCCAAGGGCUUUGAGCAACCAUUGCAUCCCCCUGAGAUCAUCAACGUCAGGCGCGAAUCGAUGACUGCCGGUAGUGAUGGCCCUGGGUCACCAAGGAACUUCUCGCCUUCUGGCUUGCAACACGGUCCCCGUCACCCUCACCCGCACAAUCAGGGCUGGCCACCGCGGGUUUCUCCAGCCAUGGUUCACGCCUCACCAGUGCCGCAUCAUCACGUUCCCGACAUAGUUGGAGUGCCCCCAGUUGGGCCGCCGCCUGUUCAGGAACAAGUGCCUUUGGUGACGGACCAAGAAAUUGAGCUUCAGAAGAGGCUGAUGCGGGAGAAGGUCGAGGCUGCCAGGAAACGGCGCAUGGAAGAAGAAGAGCGCGAGAAGGCAGCUCGCGAGGAACGUAUCCGGCUCAAGUUGCAGGCGCUGGGUCCUGCCCCAGAAUCCAACAGUGCCAAGAAGGCUGCAGCGAAGGAGCAUCCCGCUGCUUCAACAACGGAAGGCGCGCCCCAGGCAGGCGCAACUGACGAACAAAAGCCUGCGGAGAAGGUCGAGGUCAAAACCCCCACUACCGCUCAACCCGAAAAAAUUGAACAGCAACCAAACGGAGUCCCUCAACAAAUUCUACCGGAUUCUGAGCCCCUCGACAACCGCCAACCUCACGGAGGCAACACCCAACAGCCCCUCUGGUCUAGCAGCGCUAAGCAACAAGGGCGAUAUCCAACUACGUGGGGUUCGCAGACCUCAACCAAGAACGUCUGGGGUCCUCCCACCAAUAAUCGCACUCUAGGAAACGGCACCUUCAACCCCGAUCUGGGCACAUCACCUCCUCCUGUAUCCAACAAGCCACCCGGACCAAUCGCACCCCCAAGCCGGAACACCAUGGGCCCCAAGACCAAUCUGUUCCCCGACGGUCCUCCCGCUCGGCUGCCGCCCAUUGCCCCACCUACUCAUUCCAACGCACCAGCCGGUCCUCUGUCUGAAAACGAACGACAAGCCAAGGCAAACCAAUGGGUCAGCGCUGCGCGUCUCAACGACCAGGCUUUCGAGUCCAUGCUCAAGGACAGAUUCGCUGAACAGGAUCGUCGCCGGGCUGAGAAGGGGCUCACGGUAGAGGACAUCCAACCUGCUGUCAAGGAUGUCUGGCGCCCGACCAAGCUUGAUGAAAACGGUAUGAGGGUCGAGGCUGGUCCCCGACAAACCGUCCGGGUCGGCAAGGAGAACCCUUGGGUUGCCGGUCAAGCUACUCAACAGACACAACCCCCGGCUGCGAAUGCAGCUUUGCUCGCUAAUGCCGGCCCGGCACCACGUACCUCGUCUAGGUUCUUCCCCAGCCGCCAACAGACCAUCGCUGCCGCCGAAUACCAACGUCCUCAUUCCCCUUCUCCUCCUCCCCCUGAUACCGAGACAACGGGACAUCCGGCCUUUGACGGCGAUGUCAAGCACCCUCACGUUUGCAUUCCUACACCCAGGCCUCAGGUUCGCCUGCCACCUCCUUCCCAGGUGAGAGAGGAACCCAAGGGCGAGGAGCGUGCACCAGCACCCACCCCGGGUAGCCCCUGGCAAGCUCGGAUUGACAGCCUUCUCGGCGCUCGCAAGCCUAGCCACUCGUCACAGAAGCCAGCUCCGGGAGUCGACUCGACGAGCCGCGCCGCCUAUGAGCACGCAGAGGCAUCUGUUACGGUGUCGCUUACCGCCGCUAUGAUCGCCGAAGCGUCUCCUACAACGAAAGACAUGGAUGAGGAUUGCUUCGAGGAGCAGGAGAUGGGUUCCUUGCCUACUGUACGGAUCCCUACUGAACUUCCGGAGAUGGCCUGGGCGCCUACCCACGCACCAGCACCCAAGCCGCUUCACCGGAAACUCUUCCCUCUAACAACCAGCGCCGAGCCCAUCCGCAUUGACACCAACUCGAACGGAAUCGGCAGCGUCAUCCGCAUUGCCUUCCCCGGGACUGACCGGCAUCCGCCCUUCGUCACCGCUGUGACCAUUCCGUUCAGCAGGACUCGCAGCAACCCUCGUCGUGGCGGUGGUGCACCGCGAGGCGGCCGUCUUCCUAAUGCGCCUCACAGCCAACGCGGUAUGCCUGGCGGUCGCGGCAGCGGUAGAGACGCUUCAUCACCCAAUGACCAGGGACCUACCGGUCCUCCUACUGGACCUAACGGGUCGCACCAACAGACUAGGGGCAGAGGUGGAUACAGGGGGAGGGAUAGUGCCUGGUCGAGGAGUGCGGCAACUGCUAUUCAGACUUCCUAG